GGGCUCCUCUGUGCUUUGACAACCCGAGAUAUUGGAAUCUCUGACGUUUUCUGAAGCAAAAAAAAAGAUAAAGGAUGUACAGCUUCAUGGGAGGUGGGUUGUUCUGCGCCGGAGUUGGGAACAUACUCCUCAUCGUCUCCACAGCAACCGACUACUGGAUGCAGUACCGUCACUCCAGCAAUUACAUGCACCAGGGCCUGUGGCGGUACUGUGUGCCGGGGAAAUGCAUGACACACACAGACAGCAUUGCGUACUGGGACGCCACCCGGGCUUUCAUGAUUCUCUCCCUACUGGCUUGUUUCAUUGGCAUCGUGAUCGGAGUCAUGGCCUUCAUCCACUACUCCUCCUUCGACGGGUUUGACAAGACAUUUGCAGCCGGCAUCCUCUUCUUCAUAUCCUGCUUCUUUGUGUUGCUGGCCAUGGCAGUCUACACUGGAGUGACAGUGAACUACUAUGGUAAACGCUAUGGCAGCUGGCGGUUCUCCUGGUCCUAUAUAAUGGGCUGGGUGGCAGUGGUGCUCACAUUCUUCUCAGGUAUCUUCUACAUGUGUGCCUACAGGAUGCAUGAAUGCCCAAGAAACUCUAACUCACGCUGACCUGCCAAAGUCACACACACACACGGCUAAAAGGAACCAAUAUCCCAAUGAACUUUGCAACCACUUCCUGUUGAACUAAAUAUUCAUGAUAAAGCAAAAUAAAUACGA